AUGCCAGGCCUCGUAUCGUGUCCCGUUCUCGCCAACGAAAUCCGCACCCAAGCGCGCCGCCUCGCCAGCCUCAAACUCCGACCCGACCAGUACUUCUUCGGCCAGCCUUCUCAGCCUUCAGCCAGUCGCGGACACUUUGGAUCCUCAGGCGGACCUUUGCGCCCGACGCAAGCGGCCAUGGCGCCCACCCGUCCUUCCCUCUCCGCUUCCGCUCCCGCCACUCGCCGCUCCUUCAGCACCUGCAUCCCCUCUCACAAAGCACUCGCGCACACCAAGCUCCCAGCACAAGAAGCGAAGCGGUUCGAAGCGAGUUUGUUGAGGCGGAAGGAACCAAGGUCUGAGGAGGCGGAGGAGGUGGUGGAGGGAAGGAGGAGGGGGAGGACGAUGAAGAGUCUGGGGUUGCAGGGGAAGGCGCCCAACUCCCGCUCACUCGCCCGCUCGAAAGGGUGGAAAGACGCCACAAUCGUCGACAUCCCUCUUCCCUCCACCUCUGACUCCUUCUCAGGACUCGAAGCGACUCAGCAAAAACUCGACCAGGCUUUCCUCAGCCGAGCUAUCGACGUCCUCUGCUGCGGACCACCAGCAGACGAAGCGGAUGCUGUACGCUCCACCCCUCUCCUCCGCGCCUUCGCAGACUCGAUGUCCUCCCCAACCGAAGCGAAAGACGCCUACUCCCUUCCCUCGCGCACCUCGUCCAUCAUACUUAUCUCGACGCCGUACGGUCCGCGCGUGGACCUCCCUCAGCCCCAGUUGCCGGCCAUCGAAGCGGGAGGGAGGGACGGGAACAAGCCUGGUGCGGCCGAGAUGAGUCGCUUGAGUGAGGUGUUGGCGGCUGAAUAUGCGAAGAAGGGCGUGAGGGUCAAUUGUAUCGCGCCGGGUUUUGUCAAGACUCCCAUCACCGCCGCCCUGCUCGAAGCAGACCCCUCCCUCGCCCGCUCAUGGCAAGACGCGACUCCGCUCGGCCGCGUAGGCGGAGUCGAGGAACUCAAGGGCGCUGCUGUACUCUUUGCUAGCGACGCGAGUCGCUUUACGACUGGCACGACCCUGACCGUCGACGGCGGCUUCUCGCUCGUCUAA